AUGUCUUUUCCACCACAUAUGCCAAUGAUGAAUCCAAUGUCAUUUUUUCCUACAAUGCCUCCAAUGAUGAUGCCACCUAAUAUGGCUACACCACCACCUGGAAUGCCGACAUCAACAAAUGGUUCACUUAAAACUGGAGAGCCUGACAAGAAAAAUCGUCUUCAAGUACCAACAACAGUCUUUGUUGGUAGUAUUUCGGAUAGAGCACCUGAUGUUAUGAUAAAACGCAUGCUUCAACAUUGUGGCAGUGUUAUUAAUUGGAAACGAGUUCCAGGUGCUAAUGGAAGACUUCAAGCAUUUGGUUUUUGUGAAUAUGAAAAUCCUGAAAGUACACUUCGUUGUAUUCGUUUACUUAAUGGUUGGCAAAUUCAAGAUAAAAAAUUAGUUGUUAAAGUCGAUGCUAAAACCAAACCAUUACUUGACAAAUAUAAAAAAAAGAAACGACAUGAAUUAGCAAAAAAAGCUGCAAAUGAUACAAGAGCUUUUCGAGCAGUUUAUGAAGAUGAUGAUGAUGAUGAUGAAAAAAAAUUGAAUAGUACGGAUACAGAUGGAAAGAAAAAAUCCGAAGAAGAAGGUGAAAUUGAAGAAGAUGAUGAUGAUUAUAUGGAUGAUGCUACACGACGUGAAGAUUCUGCAAUUAAACAAGCACUUGAAACAGUUAUGCGAGAAUAUUCACGUGAAAUGAAUCAACGAGCAUUAGAAGCAAAAGAAAUGGCAGCUCGAGAAGCACAAGCAACUGCAAAUACUAUGCCAUAUAUACCUUCAAAUACAACAGGUAAUCCUAUGCCAGAUACAUCAUCGACAACAGCAAAUUCAACAACGCGACAUGCUGAUUCACCUGGUACAGGUCAAGAUGAAGAUGGAAAACGAAAUUUAAUUACAAAUGAAAUACAAAUGUUUCGUGAUCGUUUUAAAGAUGAAGAUACAAAAAUGCGUAAUACAGAAAAAGAACGUAAAGAUCGUUAUGAACGUGAACGUGUAUUACAACGUGAAAAACGUGCAGCUGAAGAAACAGCAACUAGUAGAAAUAAUAAAUCUACUGCGUCACCAUCUCAUGAUCGUUCAUCACCAAAACGCGAUCAUAGUAGUAGUAGUACAAGUCGACGCGAUCGUUCGUCACCUACUAAUGAUCGUUAUCAUAGUUCAUCAUCACGAAAUAAUACAAAUAAUUCUGUACGUAAUAAUCGUCAGAGUGAUCGACGUAGUUCUCCACCAUCACGAUAUGAUCGUCGUUCACCUGUUCCAUCAUCAUCAUCAUCAUCACGUCCAUAUAAUCGUCGUUCAAGAACAAAAUCACCUAUAUCGAAACCGAAUAAUCCUAAUGAAAAUGAUGAAGAAGCUUAUGAACGUAAAAGACAAGAAAGAAGAUUACGUGAAAAAGAAGUUCAUUAUCGAGAAAGAUUAAAAACUUGGGAACAGCGUGAGCGAAAAAAAGAAAUUGAUUAUGAAUCUGAAAAACAACGUGAAUUAACUCGAUUACGUGAUGAAGAAAAAGAAGGCAAACGUUUAUUAGCAUUUCUUGAAGAUUACAAUGAUGAAAUAGAUGAUACGAAAUAUUAUAAAGGUACACCAUUAGCUCGUCGACUUAAAGAUCGUGAACAUGAAAUUGAAGUUGAUAAUCGUGAUCGACAUCGUGAGAAAGAAGAAAUUGAUGAUUUACGUCAAAAAUUAUUACUUCAAAAUAAUGUUGAUGAUGUUGAAAUAGAAAUAAAACGACGUUUAGAAAAAGACGAAGAAAAUAUACGCAAACAAUUAGCUAAUCUUAUACGACCAACACAUGAUGAACCUACUGAACAAUUAGAUCAUGAAGAAGAAUCAAAGAAAAAACCUCUAGCAACAAUAAAUCAUAAUGAUAAUCUAGAUUUACCAACUAAUAUGAAUAUUGAUACUACAAUUCAUGUAUCACCAACCAUAAUCAAAACUGAAUCUUCACAAAAUGACGUAAAAGAGAGUGUUCAACCCACAUCAGCACUUGGUGGUGCACCUAUUUCAGGUACAAAAUUACCAUCAAAACGUAAAUUAGCUGUCAAUGAUGUUUUUCGUGAUGAUCAAGAAGAUGAUAGUAUAAAUUCAAUACCAAAAAAAUCAAAAUUACCUAUAAUACUCGAACAACAAACAACAAUUUCUCAAAUUUCAUCAUCACAAAAUAUACCUGAAUAUUCUAUUCCAAAUACGAAAGAUGAAGUAUUAAAAACGACACCAUUGAUGUCGAAUACAAAUACAAAUUUAGCACAAAUACAAGAAGAAAAACGACAAGCUGUACGUAAAUUAAUUGAAAAUAUUCCAACAAAAAAGGAAGAUUUAUUUGCAUAUGAAUUAGAUUGGUCAUUACUUGAUUCUACUCUAAUGGAAAAACGUAUUAAACCAUGGAUCAUAAAAAAAAUUAUUGAAUAUAUUGGUGAAGAAGAACCAACAUUAACAGAUUUUAUAUGUACAUCAGUAAUGUCGAAGAAAAAUGCCGAUUCUAUAUUAGCUGAUAUACGUGUUGUACUUGAUGAUGAAGCUGACAUUUUUGUUGUUAAAAUGUGGCGUCUAAUUGUUUAUGAAAUUGAAGCUAAACGUCAUGGUGUGGGCAAAUAG